GGGCGGUUUGACAUUUACCGCACACAGAAAAGAAAACACAAACAUCUUGCAAAGGAAGCUGGCGUUGCAAAGAAAUUAACAAAAACGAAUAAUAUCUUCCACCUAGCUUGUGCAAACAACGGAGAAAGCGACUACCCGUAGACCAACGCAGUGACUUUCAGCGCAGUGUAAAUAUAUUGCAGAACAAUUGCUACGAAACGCAACAAAAUGAGUGCGAAAAAGUAUCUAAAGAUGCCAGCCCAACAGCCAGCGCAGCCUGCGGCCAAAACGGAAAAGGAGGAGCAAUUAUGGAACGCACUGAAGCGCCACAUCAUGCGGGAACGGGAACGGAAAAAGCAAGAGCUCCAGGCCGAGGUAGAGGAGGAGCGGUUGCGACGGGAGCGGGAGGAACGGGAAAAGCAGGACGUCAUGACGCUCGGCGAGACGAAGGAGCAAAUACUGAUGCUCGAAAAGAACUUGGACGAACUGCGGAACGAAAAGCAGCAGCUGUUUCUGCAGCUGAAAAAAGUGCUUAACGAAGACGACAACAGGAAACGGCAGAUGAAAGAGGAGAUGUUUGCGAUACAAAAUAUUCCGCAGCAAAUAUUCUUACCUCAGCGGUCCAUGCCACCGCACCAGCAGCAGCAUAUGAUGCAUAAAGUGAGUCAACCCGAAGUGAUGCUCUCGUCGGAACGCAUAUUCACCGACGCUUACCCCAACUUGCAGGGCAACCCGCAGGUGAAUGUGGGCAAACGCACCCACAGCCCUUCGCCCGUACAGCACGUCCAGGGCUACUAUAAGCAGCCCAAUCUCAACAAUCAACCCUAUGCGCUGCCGCAGAAGAUCGAGGAAGGUAGACGGGGCGGAGAGGUGGCCCGUGCCGUGUUGUGGAACAAGUCCCAAUACUGUCCGCCGGUUGGUUUCUAUCCGGGCGCCCCGCCAGCAAACCCGCAGGACAACCGUCCACCGCCGCAGCCGCAGAUUUUGUACCCGUACCAGAGCAGCCUCACCAUUCCGAUGCGCCAGUACGUGGACAUACCGAGCCAGCCCGGUCCGAUGGUGCAGCCGAAACCGGAGCAGCUGAUCGUUAGCGGUAAGGUGGGGCCGCUGCCGCCAUCGCAAACGAACCUCUAUCACAUCCCGACGCUGGACCACACCGUCGCGGCCAUGCACGGCCAGCAGCCGCCGAUGAAAACCAUCACGAUCGAGAAGAUCCCGCAGGAGCGGCUCGUGCCGUACCACAUCGAGCUCGUCAAGCACGACGAGCGCAAGGAUCUGCGGCAGCUGCAGGGCGUGCCGCCGCAGGCGCAGCCGCCGCCCGGCGUGGUAGCGACCCACCUGCCCGAGGGGAUCGUGUACGCGCCCAGCCUGCGGCCAGCCGCUAUUCAAAUGCACACGAUCGCUACCAACCAGCAACUGCCGAAGAGCGGAAGCAUCACGCAGGGUUACCCGUCGGCGCGACCGCCACCGAUCAGCAAUCCCCAGCAACAGCCACCUCCCCAGAUGCAUUACAGUCGCCACCGGUACUAGGAGGCAUGGGUGGGUCACAGUCGAACGGACGAGCGCUUUUGGGUAAAGCAAAAUAUGCUAAGAUAAAAGAACAUACUUUCUCUAUCUCGUAAGAAAAAAAAGGUAACAAGACGUUGCGUUUAUCUAUGGUCAUCAUGGAAACUUUUUUGUUUUAUAUAUUAUAACAUAUGCAAUAUAAUAGUAGGCUUGUGGGGGGGUGGGGGGGGGGGGGGGGUAAAGCAUUUAUAAAGCUUAAGCACGAGAUGAAGGAAAAUAAACGUUUGCUGGAUCGGUGUACAAAAAGCGUUAGUAGUUGGUGGCUAAAGUAUUGAGAAAACAGGGCACGUUCAACCGCAUAUGAUUAAUAUAAUGUCAUCGUACAACGAUGUUUUUUUUUCUUUCCUACGUUCAACCAAUUAGGACGCGUUCGUUGUGAAGUAUUUUAAAAAAUUUAUUAAGCCGAAUAAGUUAGAAAAUAAAUUAUACAAUAGUAGGAAAGUGCUAAUACAAAAUAUGUGUGCCUACGCACGUGAAACAGACAAUCUCUCUUAGCCCCGGGCACACGGUUUCUUUGCUGCGCUGUUUGCACACUAUAGUUCUAGUGAAAAAAGAAACAUCACAUAAGGUUUGCAUUUGUAUGUAUGUUUGAUUAUUAGUGUUAAUUAUUAUUAUUAUUAUUUCAUUUGUAUUAUUAUUAUUAUUUUAACACUCGUAUUGCCCUAUUUUCAUCACUUUUUACUGACUAUUUUUUCUUUCUUUUUUUGUUGUUAAACUGUACCGUUUCACGCUGCCCUUUCUAGCAACA